AACUGUUACGUAGGAGAAACAAUAAUUCCUGCUGAGGAAGAUGUGAAGAUUGACGGUAUGGUAUGCAGAUGUCCUGACCCAUGGUCUGGUAACGGGCACCUCCACCAGGAGGCUGAAUGUCGACCAGACGGGUGUCCUGCAUUACGAUGGUAACCUCUACCCCUGUUGGAGAAUUUCAACCGUCACCUUGUGAGUUUUGUCACUGCCCGGAAGGAGGAGGAGAAGCUUUCUGUGCCAUCGCCGACUGUUUCAUAACCCCAUGUGUGGACUUUGUAAGAGAUCCAAAUCAGUGUUGUCCCACGUGUCCAAACGGCCCUAACUGCUAUGUGGGAGAAAAGAUAAUUCCUGCUGAGAAAGAUGUGAAAAUAGAUGGUAUGGUAUGUAGAUGUCCCGACCCAUGGUCCUAUGACGGACACCUUCACCAGCAAGCCGUGUGUCGACCAGACGGCUGUCUCCAUUACGAUGGUAAACUCUAUCCUCCGGGAGACUUCAAACCCUCGCCGUGUGAGUGGUGUCAUUGUCCACCAGAAGGAGGAGAAGCUUUCUGUGCCAUUGCUGCCUGUGCCAUGCCCAUGUGUGUAGACUCUGUGAGAGAGCCAGAUCAGUGUUGUCCCACGUGUCCUAAUGGCCCUAACUGUUUUGUGGGUGAAAAGAUCAUUCCUGCUGAGAAAGAUGUGAAGAUUGAUGGUAAGGUAUGUAGAUGUCCUGACCCGUGGUCUGGUAACGGACAGCUUCACCAGCAAGCCGUGUGUCGACCAGACGGCUGUCUCCAUUACGAUGGUAAACUCUAUCCUCCGGGAGACUUCAAACCCUCGCCGUGUGAGUGGUGUCAUUGUCCACCAGAAGGAGGAGAAGCUUUCUGUGCCAUUGCUGACUGCGCCAUGCCCAUGUGUGUAGACUCUGUGAGAGAGCCAGAUCAGUGUUGUCCCAGGUGUCCUAAUGGUCCAAACUGUUACUAUGGUGAGGAGAUUGUCCCGGCUGGGGAAGAGUUCAAGCGGAACGGCACGAUUUGCCGAUGUCCGGAUCAUCAUUAUGGAUUUGGCUGGGAAUCCUCCGCUGUGCAGGCCGAGUGUGUUGAUCCCUCCAAGAAAAUAAAGAAAGCAUCCAGUCUUAAAUAAAUUGUUAUACAGUUGCAACUGUAAAAAACUAUCCUUUCUUGCUAAAUUUUAUGGUAUUAUUGGUCUAUAUAAGUAGGAUUUAUUUAAGAUGCCAGGGAGCAGUAGAAUAACAAACAAAAACUCGAGUAGGCUUAUAUAUGUCUUUCUGUGUGUUCUGUACAUUUGCAUUCCGACUGCAUUUUCAAAUAAUUUAGUGUCAUUUCCGAUACACCUCUGACCUAAGAAAUCAGAUACUUAAAAUUAUGCUGCUUCUUAAGUAAUUUUCCAUUUUUUUGUGUAGCUAUGAGCUGACCUGAUGAAGGAUUGUGGAGUGUGUCAUAAGCGCUGACUAUAAAGACAAGAGAAACUGAAUAGUCUACCUGUUAUUUAUACUUAGCCGUUUGACAGAAUGAAUACUUAUAUAAUUGGAUAUAUGAAAUUGUGUUUAAAAAUUUCAUAUUUUAUUGAGUACAGGUCGAUGGCUCUACGCUGGUAUACUUUGGUUGUGUGUUGAAGUGGCAGAAUGGCAAAAUACGAAUAAGCAAUACUGUGUUCUCUAAACCAUUGUUUUUCGUGUGCAGUUCGAGGGCAUUUUUCUGAUUAUCAAGUAAUUUAUGUGGUUGUUAAGCUCCCUUGUUCAUGAAGGUAAUAAACUGUAUUUGCUGUUGUCAUUAAGUAUUUAUUUCACAGGCAAGACAGGACUGCUUGUGUAUCGCCCUUGUGAUGGCUAACAACAGUCUGACGCGGUAAAAGUGAAAGCCAUGUGCAAUCAAUACAUUUUAUUUGCUUAUUUCUAUCAUAUUUAAAUACAAAAAUUAAUAAAGAAAACCUGUAUCAGUUAA